AAUAUUUACCUAUAAUUGCUGCAAAUAUAGUGGAAGCUUGUCUGUCCCGCUUAAAACCAUUCAAACUGGUUGACAGCGUGGAGUUGUUUGGAACUAUUGAGAGCUACAUGAACCACGUGACAGCGUGGCGGCGAGAUCAAAGAGUGCCGCAACUCUCAUAUUUAACGGCUCUGAGAAUAACCACGAAGAUGAAGCAGAAGGACUUCGCGUCGCUCGCCGGUGACGUCACCACGCGCGCCUCGGCUUUCUUCUGAGGUGUGUAUUCCUCGGUGUGUGUGUGCUUCUCAGUCUCUGACUGAUGAAUGAAAGAACGCUGGAGUGUUUUCAUCUCCUGAAGAUCACACAAAGAUCAUGAAUGAAGCAGAAGCAGAGUCCUGCAGGAUCAAGGAGGAGGUCAUCGAAGAAAAGAUAGACCUGAUGGAAGCGAUCAAUGAGAUGGAACAAGUGAUUGAAGCGGGGAAGAAACAUCAUGACAUCGAAACUGAUGAAACCUCCUUGAGACCCUUGUGGGAAACGAGACCCGAAAUAUGUUUCAUUUGCCCUCAGUGUCGAGAGAUUUUCACAUCCAAAGAAAGUCUCAAUCUUCACAUAAAAUGUGAAAGAGGAAUUAAGCCGUACGCAUGUGAUCUCUGCGAGAAGACUUUCAGUCAAAAAGCAAACCUUGCCAAACACAAGAAAAUCCACACUGAUGAGAAGCCACACUCAUGUGAUCAGUGUGGGAAGAAGUUCAGAAGUAAUGGAAAUCUGAAUAUUCACAUGAAAAUCCACACCGGAGAGAUGCCGUACAUGUGUGAUCAGUGCGGGAGGAAGUUCAGACAUAAAGGAAACCUCAAUACACACAUGAGAAUCCACGCUGGAGUGAGUGAAACCACUGAAGAAAAACAACACACAUGCAGUCAGUGUGGAAAGAGAUUCAGACAAAAACAACACCUCGAUCGACACACAAAAAUCCACACUGGAGAGAAACCGCACUCGUGUGAUCACUGUGGGAAGAAGUUCAGAGAUACAGGGAACCUGAAUAUUCACAUGAAAAUCCACACCGGAGAGAUGCCGUACAUGUGUGAUCAGUGCAAGAGGAAAUUCAGACAUAAAGCAAGCCUCAAUAUACACAUGAGAAUCCACGCUGGAGAGGGUGAAGAUAAACCGCACACAUGCAGUCAAUGUGGAAAGAGAUUCAGACAAAAACACCUUGUCGAUCAACACAUGAGAAUCCACACCGGAGAGAAACCGCACUCGUGUGAUCACUGCGGGCAGAGUUUUACACGAAAACAGCAACUUAAUGAUCAUAUAAAGAUCCACACGGGACAAAACCUGCACACCUGUGAACAGUGCGGGAAGAGUUACAGGAAGUUAAGUGUUUUCAAAGUACAUCUGCUCCAUCAUUCUAGAGACAGGAUCUAUAACUGUGACCAGUGCAGUAAAAGGUUUUUUAGGCCAGAUAACCUGAAGGAGCACAUGAAAACCCAUUCAGAGGAGAGGCCUUACGUGUGUUAUUUGUGUGCAAAGAGCUUUAGACAUCUGAAUUGUUUAAAAAAACACCUGAAAAGACACAGCGGUGUGAAGGAUCAUACUUGCUCUGAGUGCGGAAAGAGUUUUUUUAACCGUUAUGCUCUGAAACAGCACCAGACCGUUCACACCAGAGAAAAACCUUACCAGUGUUCACACUGUGACAAGAGAUUCAGUAUUUUAGGAAACCUGAAAAGACAUGAGAGUGUUCACACUAGCUAGAAGCCCUAUCACUGCUAGUCCUGUGAAGAGUUUCAUCUGAUUAUCUUCUCUACUUAGUCAUACGAACAGAACAUGUUCAGAUCUGGUGCUCUGAGGAGUCUUUGUACCAACCUGUGUGUGUGUGCGCAUGGCUUCAGGAGAGCAACCCUACCUUUGUGUAGUUUUAUUUUCUUUCUUGUAUAUUCAUGCAUUUGUCAUUUUUGGUGUUUGUAUAUUUUAUAAUUAUUUUACAAAAAUUAUUGGGGUUAAAAAAAAUAUAUAAAAUAUAAAAAAAUAAAUAUUUUCCACAUACUGUAGCUUGUUGUAGGUCCUCUAUGCCCUGUCUCCUGAACCGUGCUGAUUUUUACAAGCUCAUCGGUCUGAAAAUUGAGGUGUGCUCUUAUUGGCCUGCUGUCCAGUGCAUUGUGAUUGGCUGAAUACCUCAAGCGUGUGACGGAAAUGUUACGAUAACCUCUAGUCAUGACGAAGCAUCAGGAUUGAAAAUUUGUCACACAGAAAUAAAGCGUUAUGAAGAUAGUCUGCUCUUGAGUCGAAUCUGUUUCUGUUUAUUUGAAGUCACAGUAACCUAUCACAUUUAGAAAGAAUGAUAAUUUCAAUAUUUUUAUAAAAGCUCCUGAACAGAAACAAACGAAACGAUACUUAUGACAGCUAAAAUAUGAUGAAUACACGAUUUUGAUAGAGAAUAAGAAGC